ACUUCAUCCAUCAAAGAAAUUUCGAAUUGGGAAUUUCUCCAAAUAUCAUAUAAAUAUGAGGAUUGCUUUUAGAAAGUUCAGUUGCUCCGAGUUUAAUACUACGACAACAACACGCUACAUCAACUAUACAUACAACAUGGGAAACGAUCCUCAUAAAAAAGACGUUCCGGAAGAAUCGGAGUGUUUUCCGGGAAAUGUCUUAGUUGAAACAAAACUUAACGGAAAGAAAUGUAUGCAUAAUUUGGAAGUCGGAGAGGAGGUUAAAGUUAUAUUUGAGGAUGGGAAUAUCGGAUUUUCUGAAGUAUGGACAAUGGCCCAUAAAGACACGGAGUCCAAGGCCUGUUAUCUACAAAUAGAAACCGAAACGAAGAGACUGACCAUCAGUCAUUUUCAUUUCAUACCUGUUACAGAUCAAAAUAAUUCUAUGGUUGUUUAUAAAAUGGCCAAAGACAUCGAUAUUGGAGAUCACCUUAGUACGGUUGAAAGUAAUCAACGAAAGACUGAAACCGUCAUAAAGAUCGAAGAAGUGGAGGCAACGGGAAUAUUCGCCCCGUUCACUAUUAGCGGGUCUAUACUCGUUAACGAUGUUCACGCCUCAGUGUAUGCGGAAGUGGAGCCAGAUUUUGCACAUUCUGCGCUCGCACCUUUCCGAGAAAAAUACUACAUCACACCAAAAGAUGAAAUGGAAGCCUUUCUAAGACCAAACGAAAAUGGCGUUCCGACGAUUUUUGCCGAGGCGUUUAAAAUGUUGAAGCAGUUAGUACCCUCGUAUUAAAAUUGUUUCAUUCUGAAAUAAAAUGCUUUUAAAAAAAAAAAAA